ACCAGUCUGGUAUUCAGUAUCUUCUUGCGCGUCGGCCAACUCACACGCGCGCCGCGUGUCAACCACCAGCGAGUGUACACCAAUUGCACGUGCUUCGCCGAAUCGUGUUCAAUAAUUUUAUUUUUGUAUAGUCGUAAUUUUAUGUGUCACUGGUUUAUGAAUUUUUUAUUUAACUUUUUUUUUAAAAUACAUGAAUAAGAAAACGCAGGACAAGAGGCGAAGUUGUCGAUUGACGAAACAUAAUAUAUGCUCAUAGUAUUAUCCACUUCAGACAAUUUAUUACAUAUUUAACCUGUGUUUCGCGAAGAUCAAAAUCCGUUUUCUGCAGCAGUGCAAUCGCAAUUGGCAGUAACCAAUAGUUUUGUCAUUACAAAAAAAAUUAUUGCCAAGACUGUCUUACGAGUGCGAUGAUGACCGGGUAGCGAUGACAUGGAGGCGGCAGCCAGCGUGGUACAGAUGACUGGAGGCGGCGGACGGGUGGGGAUGAACACGGACAUGUUCCUGUUGCCGUCCUACGGCCCGUUCACGUCACCGCCGGGUGUGAUCGUCACGACGGGAUCACCGAACACGGGUGUUCACCAGUACGCCGCGGCCACGCUCACCUUGCUGCGGCGCGACGCCUGGGUACUGCCGGUGCUCAUACUUUCGGUGCUCACCAUGACGCUGAUAAUGACUUUUGAGGUGUUCGUGCUGUGCAAAACGAGAAAAACGGAGCCCAGCAGGAGACAUCUGUUCCUAGGACAGGCGCUGCUGGGUGGGCUGUUCGUGUGCGCGGCAGUCAGCGGGCUCAUGUGCACACAGCCGACCGUGCUGACGUGCGCCACCGUCAGGCUGUGCACCGGGCUCGGGUACUCGAUGGUGUUUGGCACGUUGCUAGUCAAGUGCGUGUUCCUCAUCAGCCUCAACGGCGGCGUCUACUUGCCCGCACCGUACCAGGCGCUAUUGCUGUUCUUCACCGUGGCCAUACAGCUGGCCAUCGGCGUCCAGUGGCUCAUCUACACGCCUCCACAACUCCUAUCGUCCCAGUGGACGAGCAGCCUGGACAACAGCUGUGACACCAAGUACCAGCACAUGCUCGGCUCGCUCGUAUACGCUGCCGGCCUGCUGUUGGCCGUCACCGUGUUGGCCAUCAAGUCACGGCACAUACGAGACAACUACCGCGAGGCCAUGUACAUCGGGCUGGCCGUCGGCUGCACGGCGCCGCUGUGCGUUGGCUGGGCCGUGGCCGGUCUGUGGGCCACGCAGCCAGGUGACCAGGACGGAUGUCUGGCGCUGGGCCUGGGCGCCACGGCUGCGCUAGUACUGCUCGUCAUGUUCAUGCCUAAGGGUAGACAGCUGGCCGCCAUGGGCCGGGACGGUCUUUACGACGAGGACAAGCUCAGCACACUCAGCAGGCCCGCGUCCCCGUCGUUUUUCCACUUCAAACCGUUCAUGACGCCAAUGAAGCACACGUCGACGAUCAACACGUUUGGAGACCGAGUGGCGCUCGUAGCCCCGCCGACGUACGCUCACCACUAUUACCCGUACUGUUAUUAUCCGCACCACGGACUCGGCGGUGGAGGUGGAGGUGGCGGUGGAGGAUUGGUUGGUGGAGGAGGUGGAGGAGGCGGUCACCACGGAGGUCACAUGCAGCAGCCCAUCUACUCGAGAUGUCCACCCGACAUGUGCAACUUCUCGGGAAUGGACAACAGCAUUUACACAACGAUGGAGCCCACCAUGUCCAACAACCCCAACGUGUUUUUCCACCGUUCCGGUAUCCACCCCGGAAUGAUGUACUGAUUAUUGUUUAAGUGAAUACUCUAAUACUAUAUUAUAUUUGACUAUAUGUUUUUUUUUCUCCCGAUUUUAUACUCUUUUUUUUAUUAUUGUUUAGAAACUAUUUAAAUAUUACGCAUAGGUAUUAUUAUAUAUAUAUAUAUAUAUUUAUAGUAGUCGCGUACAAACGAAUGUCAAACUAUAUAGACAUAUAGCGCCCUGCGUCCUUCACAAAAUACUGUACGUAACAGUAAUACCGACCGGUAAAUUGUAUAAUAUUAAAAUAAUACGAUUCUUCCAGUGCAACUCACGAGACCGCAUCGAGCGGUGGGCCGGAGGACGCUUGUCAUGAUCUCUCGCAAUAAUAAUCAUUAUGGUCGUCUGCGAUCGCCGAACAAGAAGUUAAGAACCUCCCCCUCCUCCUUCUCCUUCUUCACCACCAAUAUACACCCCUAUAUCACCCUACAGGGUGACCUAUGCCGAUAUAAUUUUACCCUCGAUUUCAUACUACAUCGCGUUUAUCCACCUCUGAAUCGCCGCAGCAAACGAUUAAAAUAACGUGAAAUAAAUUCGAUGAAUUCCAUAAAAAAAAAAACACACACACAAUGCCCACGUCAUACCAUACAUACCACAUGGAAACGUAUACCGUUUAUACCCGUGUAUAUUAUUGUUAUACUUGAGGCGGCGCUAUAGCUCGUCGCUGUUCCGACGAGAUUCGAUGCCAUUUUCAAUCGCGACGAUGAUAUUCGUUCGAGAUAAAACACAUGUUUUUUUAUAUAUUUUAUUUUUUAGAUUUAAUAACUAUGCUUUUAUAUUAGGUAUAUAUUAACAUAUAAAUACAUUAUAAUACUAGGCAUAUUCGUGUCUAAUGUAUUCAAUUUAGUUUAAAAUAUUAUUAUUAUGUAAGCAAUUAUCUAUAAAAGCUAUAUAUGUAAUGUUUAUAUACUAUAUAUACUUGUUACGCGACAGCAACACGUACAUAGGUAGGUACUUAAUAUUAUAAUAUGCAUAUUGUUGAUAUUAUUAUUAUUUUUGUAUGUGUAGAUUAUUGUAAUUAUAUAAUUAUAAUAUACAUAAUAAUUAAUAAUAUAUUAAUUAAAGUAAACCAUCGGAUAGAUUCGGCUUAUAAUAGAUGUAUAGUAGGUAUUUUACUCUAAAUGUGUAUAUAAUAAUAUGUAGAAUCAAUUUAGGUUUCUUAUGUUUCGAUUUUGUUUUUUUUGUUUGUUGAUUAUGAAAAUAGAAAUAAAUUAUUUUUAAGACCAACUUCAGUGCCAAAAGACGUGCUUCCGUAUAAUCACGUCCAUUUAAAUUAUAGUUUGCCUUAUUUAAUUUUUUUUUAACUGGCAAAAUGUAAAUAUAUUUUUUGGAACUACUCAUAUAAUAACAUAAUAUUAUGAUGUUUAUUCGUUCAAUAUAUAAACAUUUUAUUUUCAUAAUCAUAUACAAUGGAUUACUAUAAAUCCUACUGUCCUCGAAAGAUAUUGAUUGUAAUUUUUAUUUGUCGUAUUGAUCCAGUUAUAUUAAAUGACUAUUGUAUCUUAUAAUUGUGUAGUAAUAAUUGGGUAACGAUUACCAUUAAAAAUGCGUACAAAAUUUAGAGUUGCUAAAGUGUAAGAGAUUAUUGUUUAAAACGAUAUUAAGCAUUACUAGAUAUAUGAUUUUAUAGCUGUACAUUUAACUUUUUACUUCUAUAUACUCUACAAUGUAUUAUUGUAAUAUUAAGUAUUGUAUGAAUAAAUUAUUGCUCAUUUAAGAUAUAAGAACACUAAAUUCCUUAAAAAUAAGAUAUUUUUGUAUUUUUUAUGGUAAUAACUCAAUAUACAAUAAACAGUACAAUGAC